CAAUGAGUGAGCGUGACGUGAUUGGACUGGUGUUGACAUUGAGUGGGAGCAGAGGGAAUGAACUGCUAUACAGAAACCCACUCUACAGACAACCUUUUACUAAUUCACCCAACGACACAAUCGUAUCUGAACAAACCAAUAGCCAAGCAGCAAAAGAAAAUCAGGAAAGCUUACGAACAGACAAAUUCACGGAAUUCUCAGCCUUUGAUGAUGCCCUGUUGGAAAAUAUCUGUGUGCUGAAACACAACCGUUCGAGAUCUUUCCACUUGGAAAUCGACAGCGUGGCUUUCAUUGGCUACCCUGUGCAGUGGGACAAGACACUGAUGCUUCACUUGGUGUUUGCUACCAGAGCCAAUGUGUCUUCUAAGCUGACUGAUCAACUGUCCAAACUGUCUCAGAAGGCGGCACUCAUGCUAUUGCAAGAGGCAGAAAUUAUGAGGGACCUCUCUUUUGACUCGAUCCAUUUCAGUGAGGAUACAAAUCGCAGCAAUGACGAGUCCUUGUUUCGAUCCCCAGUCUAUUCGCCCAGCCAACCUCGCUCAUUAACAACAUUAGCAGAGAACCAGUCCUCUCCUUCUGCUGCCACGUCUCCGCCCAGGGUACUACUGAAGCAGCAAAGUUAUCUGGGGAGUAAACAGAGGAAAUGCAGACGACUGGUGGACUUUCUAAACUUCCUUACUUGUGUAGAGGUCGGCACCUCUCUGUGUCUGACUUUGCCCAGUGGAGCUCCCUUCUCCUGUCAUAUACACGCAAACCCACAAAAAGUUCAAGCUGAAAUAGACCGAAUUCAACCCUACCACACGAUUCUGUUAUCGCCCGACAUAGUGCAAGAUACGAGUGGCGAAUUCCCACCCGACUUCUCCACCGCCAUAUGUGCACUCAUAUCGGCUGUAUGUUGCAGCAAACCUCUCUACCAGAUAGCAGCUGAUGCUGAUUUGACGCUGAGACAUGCCAUGAAGAUAGCAGCCCAUUUGGUCUACUGGGAUAGGGCCAAAGUAGCCUAUCCUAUUUGUCAGAGCAGAGUUUACAUCCUAACCCUGUCAAGUAACGGCCUCUUGUAUGUCAAAUCUACAAUCGCAAGGGACCUCAAGGCAGCGAACUCGCUAGCUGCAUCAGAACUAUUCGAGACAUUCCUCUCCUUCUGUGGCUCCUCUGGAGGUCAGUUCGAACUGGGAGUUCUGUUUGAGCGUCUCUGUCUCAUUUCGCCUGACCUCCAAUGGGCUCAUUUGAGACAGUUUGUGAACUCUCUUCUCUGGUGUCAGUACAUUACUGAAGUGCACAAUUACCCACUCUACAAGUCAUAUUUCGUGCAUAAUUCAAAUGAAAAUGAGGCCAAUUCGAACCAACGACAGCAACUAAGAUUCGAAUCAAUCUCUGAUGAAAAUGAAGAGGCGCCUUCUCGAGAUAUACUUCAGUCAUUGGGGAUCCGAAGUAUUCUUCAAGACAUGAACGGAACUGUUCACUUGGACGCGUUGGCAUACAAACUUAACAGGAGCAUUGUUAGUCUUCUCGGAGAAUUGAAACCUCUGGAACAGUCGAACCAGAUUCUAAGUUGCUACAGAAUCGAAGACUGGUGACGACUUCCAAAAGUUGCUGACGAAUAAUUUAUUUUCUUCGGACAUCGAGGAAACAAAAACGAAGUAGAGCACUACAUUAAAACAUCACAUUGAUACAAAAAUAUAUCUGAUUUUUUAUAUACAUAAAUUAUGGCAAAUAAAAUA